UACUCGUGAAACCGAUCGGACAUGGAGGCGACGCAACCAGGUCGCUACGAACGCACGCGUAGGACGUGCCUCACCGACGCGUGGGUUGCCGCCACGGCCGCAAGAGCCAAACUCAACCCUUACGCCAGAGACGAUCAGCUUCGUCUGGUGUACAAAACGCUCCAACCAGCAUUAAAAUAUCCGCGCUACCAGGUCGUCGACCCACGGCAACGGAAUGGGUACGAUCCAAAGUGCGGCGCCCGAGGCAUCCUACAUGGCGUUGGCGAGCGAGUUUAUGCAAACGGGACCGUGGCCUACCGCGGCGUCAUCAAUGGAACGUUUGUGGUUGAAGUCACGGCAAAACAGAGCCAAGCGAUCGCGUCCACGAUUAUGUCGAUCCUCGCGCAAGAAUCGGUCGGGUACGAUGUGACGCAAUUUGAGACAAGCGACACGACGGGUGUGUUCGAGCGCAUUUCGCCGACUGGACAGGGCAAGUGUACCCCCACCCACGCCAACGUCGAAGUGUACACGCCAGACAAAACGCAGAUUUCCCGACUUUUUACCAACUCGAGCAUCUCCUCCGCCGUUGGCUACAAUGCCCAGAGUGGCCUCUACACACUCAAGGCCAACGUCAACACAGCUCUCCAGGGCCGCAACGCCUCUGGCGGUGUGUUGUUCUCACGUCCGUAUUCGGCGGACUAUUGGCGCGAAUACGUCCAAAGCAACGAGCUCAUCAACUUUUAUUCCGUCCAGCGAACCCUCAAUCAAACGCAGAUUGGCCGGUCGCAGAUGUGCCCCGACACGACUCCAGGCAUGACGUGCCGCAACGGAUGCUCCAAGAACACACACUGCAUCACUGCCGAAGGCCAGGGCAAACCAUGCCUCUUGGUGGGGAUGAUGACGCCGGCGCAAGACCCCGGGUAUUUUGAGGCGCUCCUGACCAACUCCAAGAUCCCAGCCAUGUUUUGUUUUGCCGGGUACGCCGGACUCAAUCAAUACGUCGUCGACACGAUGCGCCAAAACAAGUCGAUUGUGUUUUACCACUUCGAGCCGGACGUGUUCCAUACCGACAAGAAGGGCCUCUUUACGCGCAUCACGUUCCCCCGCGCCAACUCCACUGCCACAACGUCGUGGACGACGAACGUGAACCUCGUAUCGACCGACUUUCCCGCGUCGCCACUCAUGAAAUAUUACUCGGACACAAUGGUGCACAACCCGACGCUGUUGAACUUCCUCACGAAUUUUGCACUAACACCCCUGGACAUGACGAACCUCCUGGCGUCAUAUGACACGCUUCAAAAUGACCCGACCGUCGCCGAUCCGCUGUUUGCAACUGCGUGCCGGUGGGUGCAACAAAACUCGCGGACGUGGCGCGGAUGGAUUGAGCGGCUGCCCCUUUGCACGUUGGAAAAUCAUUUGAAAGUCACGAUCACUGACUCGUUCGACAACAUGACCACUCCCGUCAACACGUCCCAGAUUGACUUCCGAACGAUCUCGUUUGCGUGGUUCAACCCAAACCCCGACAACGCGACCGAGCCAUACUUGUGCGACGGCGGAAUCAUCACGGUGCCGCCGCCGCUCAAGACGAGCAGGUCGGUUGAAUGGCUCAUGGAAAACGCCGACGAGUGGCCCCUGUGGAUGCACACCAAGCCGCCGUGCGAAAGGCUUCACUACAAUUACACCAUUGGGCCGUGUACGCCUGACUCGACACGUCCCGUGACGUUCUUUUGGCGCCUCCCCGGACGUGUGAACGGCAGCACCGAGUGCACGGGCGGCAUUGCGUUGCCCGGAAACCUCGUUGUCGAAUGCGACUACAUCCCAGUCGCAAGCCCCGUGUACGAAAGCAUCACGAUGCUGACAUGUAUCGUCAUCAUGUUCCUUGUCGUGUGCGGGAUCCUGGUCGUGGCAUUCCGCAAACGGUCAGUUGUCAAGCGAGCUCAGUGGCCGCUGCUGUUGCUCAUCGUUGUCGGCGGCAUCUUAAUGUGUGUGUAUAUUAUCCUGACGGGGGGCGAGCCCACCGAUGUGUUGUGUGCCGCCCGCCCGAUCCUGGCGUCCUUGGCGUUCUCGGUCACAUUCACGGCGAUUUUCGUCAAGUCACUCCGGGUGUACUUGCUCUUUCUCGCUGGCGAGAACCGGAAGAAGAUCAAAGUCACGCUGUGGAAAAUGAUAAAGCUGUACUUGGUCAUUGUGGUCAUCGAUACUGGGGUCGUUGUCAUCGGUCUGCUCGCAGACUUUCCACACCCAGCCAUCUCGAUCGCCGCUGCCAAGACUUUCGACGGCACCGUCGACCACUACAUGUGCCAUUCGUCCACGUUUAUCUUCAAAGCCAUGACCAUCUUCUUCAAAACGCUGGUCCUGAUCGCGGGUAGCUACGUGGCGUUCCUCAUUCGCAAUGCCGACGCAGACUUCCAAGAGUCGAUGUGGAUUUUGGCAUCGUCGGUUGUGGUUGUGGUCGGCGCGAUGAUUCUCACCCCUGUGGCAUACUUCAUGGACUUGGACGCGUCCUCGAUCUUUGCCAUCGUGUCUGGGGUCGUCCUCUUUUGCACGGUGCUUGUUGUGGUGCUUAUGCUGGGCCCCAAGUUUUGGCGCUUGCGCAACACCCGAUACGCCAUAUCCACUGUCAAGGGCGCGUCCACAGAUGCCGGUUCCACGGUCAAAGGUGAACGCGCAUCGAGUCAGGUGUCGUCCGACGUGGCCCCUGAUAGCGGGGCCAUUUUAAAGUGAUCAACGCUUCACUGUUUGGUGCUUGUUGGUGCCAAACACUGUUGUCGGCCCUCG